UGGAGUCUAUGGUUAGGAGUUAAGUUAAAGCCUUUAAAUCUAAUGCAUUAUCACUUAAAGAUCAUCAAGCAGAAAUUUUUUACACAAGGACUAAUCUGCUGAAGACUUCAUCGUCAAAUCAAUUUAUGCUCCCAUCGGACGAUGCGCUUGCAGUCAGUGCAGCACAUGGAUGUUGGGUUGAUGCGUUGCACUGUGUUCUUGGAAGUCUUUGUGGUCAAUGCAGCAGCCUUUCAAGCACUCAGAGCCUCAGUAAUGUACAGGAUCUUAUCUGGGUUGGGUCACUGUAUCCCACUCAAGCCUUCUUCUCUCCACUUGACUUCGUGUUAAGUGAGCAUCUCAUGAUGUAGGAUUCACACGCCCUGGACUAAGCCGGACGCUGGACUGUUGUUUACUAAAAAUGUAAUUUUUUGUUUCAGUAAGCAGGAGAGAAAGGCGUAUUCAGAUUACCAGAGUUUUAUAUAAAAAUGAGGAAAUCAAAGAUUUCUGAUUUCCAUCUGGAGGCGGACGACAGAACGGAGGAGGAGAAACGUAAACAAAAGGCACCAAAGAAGGAUGGCUUGGCUUCUGCUUUAGGUUUGAGCAAAGAGGCCCCUAAAGCCCCCAUGGACACCGACUAUCAGGAGGAAAUGCAGCCGGUCCAGCUCAACUUUGACAAAGGGAUUCGAGGUGAGGCAUCGCAGCCAAAGAGAGACAGUUCCACUUUCACCAUUGAGCGUCUGUUUGAAGCAGUGGCCAGCAGGGACGUCAACAAACUGGACGGCCUAUACCAGUACUUGCAUCAGAACAUGAAGAAACUCUCUGACUCUCUGUAUCAGUCGUAUGGUAAAACCGCCCUGAUGAAAGCUCUGCUGCACCUCAAAGAUGGCAAGAACGAAACCAUAGAGGAGCUGGUCAGUAUUUCAGAGAGGAUCGGCGACAUAAAAGAGUUUGUGAACGCUGCCUUCACCGACAGCUACUAUAAAGGUCAGACUGCUCUACACAUAGCCAUUGAGAGGAGGAGUAUGGCCUACGUAAAGCUGCUGGUCAGCAAAGGUGCAGAUGUUCAUKSCAAAGCCUGUGGGAAGUUUUUUCAGCCUCAUGAUGGUCCCAACUUCUACUUUGGUGAGCUGCCCCUGUCUCUAGCAGCCUGCACAAACCAGCCUGACAUAGUGAGCUACUUAAUGGAGAAUGAGUAUCCGGCGGACGCCAAGAUGGCAGAYUCUCACGGCAACACAGUGCUGCACGCCCUGGUGUUGGUGGCCGAUAACUCGAAGGAGAACACAGAAUUCAUAACGGCCAUUUAUGAUCGCRUCCUAAAGAUCACUGCCCGACUGCAUCCCAAGAUAAAGCUGGAGGAGAAAGAGAACAACRAUGGACUCACACCUCUCAAACUGGCUGCCAAGAAUGGAAAGAUUGGGAUGUUUUCUCACAUCCUGCAAAGGGAAUUCCAGGAGAAUCACUACAAGCACUUGUCCCGUAAAUUCACUGAGUGGGUUUACGGACCCGUCCACAGUUCUCUGUACGACCUAUCCUCUGUGGACUCAUAUGAGAACAACUCUGUUCUGGAAAUUCUGAUCUACGGCUGUGAAAUUCCCAACCGCCACGAGAUGCUGGAGAAGGAGCCGCUCAGCUGCCUCCUGGAGGAUAAGUGGAAGAAGUUUGGARGAGGAAUGUUUUUUUUCARCUUCCUGSUCUACCUUGUGUACCUGAUCAUCUUCACUAUUGUAGCCUACAAUAAAAAAGAUGCUACACAGCUUCCGUUUAUCCCUGACGACGCCUGGGAUUACCUGUAUGUUUUUGGCCAGCUGCUGACUUUACUAKCAAACUGCUAUUUCUUUGUCUUUGGGAUUGUAGGCAUGACGAGGAAGAGGCCAAAGCUGCAGWCACUGCUGAUUGAUGGAUAUUACGAGAUUCUCUUCUUCACUCAGGGCUUACUGUUCCUGGUCGCCACUGUUCUGUACUGGGCGGGGAGGCAGGAGUACCUGGGCUUCCUGGUGAUCUGUCUGGCUCUCAGCUGGGUGAACGUGCUGUACUACUCCAGGGGCCACAAACACAUGGGCAUCUACAGCAUCAUGAUACAGAUGAUGAUCGUCAGUGAUAUCCUGCGCUUCUUUUUUGUUUACAUCGUUUUCCUCUUGGGAUUUUCAGCAGCCAUGGUCACACUGCUUAUGGAACCUAAACUCAAAAACCAAACAAAAAACGAGAAUCCAAGUCCUUCUGAUGUCCCCACAACUGAUAACAUAUGUGUCACAGCUGGCUACCAAAGCGUCCCUCAUACCAUCCUGCAGCUCUUCAAGUUCACCAUCGGCAUGGGCGACAUCGGGUUCAUCCAUGCUCACCAGUACCUGGAGGUCUUCUACCUGCUCCUUAUCGGAUACAUUGUUCUUUCCUACAUCCUGCUGCUCAACAUGCUCAUAGCCUUAAUGAACAACACUGUGAAAAAAACCACUAUGGAGAGCGCUGGCAUUUGGAGGCUGCAGAGGGCUCUCACAAUCCUGGAUAUGGAGAAGCGGAUACCCUGCUGUCUGAAGAAGUGUUUUCGCUCUGGCGUGGAGAGGAAACUCGGCACCGCUUUUGGAGACGAUCGUCGAAGGUGUUUCAGGGUCGAGGAAAUGAACUGGAACAAAUGGAACACCGACCUGGUCAACAUCAGUGAGGAUCCAGGAUGCUGUGAUCGGAGCCAGAGGACUGAUUUGGACAGCACUUCCAGAGGAUUUACCAUAGGGAGAAGCUGGAGAGGCUUUUUUAUGGAGGGCACAAUGAGGAGGAGGAGAAUGUCUCAGUCCACUUAGAUGAGCUCUCAUCCUGUAUGUCUGAAGAAGAAGUUAAACAUGGCUGCUUUGCUUGAAUGAUAUGAUCAACAAGUUUUCCCAACUCAAACAUAUUGCUGUGUAAAAGAGAAAAACUUGAACUGAUUCUGGAACUGACUUGGAAGUGUUUAUGAUGUACUGACUAUUUUAAGGCAAAAAAAAAAGAAAAGAAAAACUUGCGUGAUCAAACUGAAAGCACACAAUGAAAUAAUCACUUCAGGUGCCAUGGGUUUGUGGUUUAUGCAGCGCAAAAAAGGUUGAUAUUGCACUUGGUGUUUAUUUCAAGUUUACAGGCAAACAAUAAUAUACAUGCUAUAGGAUUACUUGCUGCCUCUCCUUCUCUGACUCCUGCAUGACUGGCUGCCUCACCCACUGGCUUACUGACAAAAAUAUAUUUUACCACCCAUGUGCAUACAAAUCUACCUGAAACCAACACAUUUAUACUACAAGACAAAGAUAAAUAAAUAUGCACACCAAACAAUUUCUUUUAUUUGUUCAAAGCAGUAUAUUGUUACUUAAGUAGUGACUAACUGCAUGCAAGGAGUGACAGCAGACAUGUUUAAAUACUGGGAGGUUGAAUGAUGGAACCAAAGACCAGGGCUGAUCGCUAACGGGUUGCAGGUGUGAUGAGAGAGAAAAGAAGGCAGGUCCUCUACAUGAGUGCACCAGCAGAUGAAACAGGAAGUCAGUUGAUCAUUAUCACCUUUAAUGCAUUGUUUUCUUCAUGCUUAUGCAUUUUAAAUAAGGAAGUCAAUGUUUGUCAUAUUGUGUCCACUAGAGAGCCUUUCUGCCAUCAGCUGUCUGAAGUCUAACAAAGUUGACCUGAUGAAUGCAUGACGGUCUUUAUGAAAUAAAAUGUCCCAUAUUCCUGUU